AUGGGAAACUUCUGUCAGAAGCAUUUUGCCUGUUUAGAGCCCUACAUCCCCUGCUUAUUCUCGCGGCGAGACAUUGAGCAGGAUGAGAAAGUCGGCCAGGUCUUCACUAACCUGGCUGCAGUAAGGCACGACUUCCAAGCAGGACAGAAAGACAGAGACAGUAAGAUAAGGGAGAAACCUUUACCUCCACUGCCGGGCCAGCAUCUGGUGAAUAUCUGCAGAUUUGUGGCACUCUUUGACUACGAGGCUCGCACUGAGGAGGACUUGAGCUUCCGAGCCGGGGACAAACUUGAAGUGCUGGAUGCAUCCCAUGAAGGCUGGUGGUAUGCUAGGCUCAUCCUGCCAACAGGGUCAGUCUGUGCCGGCCACAAGCUCCAGGGCUACAUCCCUGCCAACUAUAUAGCUGCUGACCAGAGCAUUGAAGCUGAGCCAUGGUUUUUUGGCCCAAUCAAACGAGCAGAUGCCGAAAGACAACUGUCAUGCCCUGGAAACCAGGCAGGAGCCUUCCUAAUCCGAGAAAGUGAAAGUCUAAAAGGCGAAAGCUCACUUUCAGUUUUUGAUGGUGUAUCUGUGAAGCACUACAGGAUCAGAAAGCUGGAUGAAGGAGGCUUUUUCCUGAGCAGAAGGAAAACUUUCAAAACUCUGAAUGAGCUUGUUGACUAUUACAGUAAGAACAGUGAUGGCCUCUGCAUGGUGCUUGGAAAGCCAUGCCUAAAGGUACAAACUCCUACUACUUUUGAUUUGUCCUAUAAAACUGUUGAUCAGUGGGAGAUAGACCGACAGUCUCUGAAACUGUUGAAAAAAUUAGGAUCUGGUCAGUUUGGUGAGGUAUGGGAAGGACUGUGGAAUAAUACCACCCCUGUGGCAAUCAAAACAUUAAAGCCAGGUUCAAUGGAUCCAAAGGACUUUCUGAGGGAAGCACAAAUAAUGAAGAACUUGAGACACCCAAAGCUUAUACAGCUUUACGCUGUCUGUACUUUGGAGGACCCAAUUUAUAUUAUUACUGAGCUGAUGCGAUAUGGAAGUCUUCUAGAAUACCUUCAAAAAGAUGCAGGCUCUCAAAUCUUCCUGCCACAGCAAGUAGACAUGGCUGCUCAGGUGGCUUCUGGAAUGGCUUACCUCGAAUCUCAGAACUAUAUCCAUCGUGAUCUGGCAGCCAGAAAUGUUCUUGUCGGUGAGCACAGUGUUUACAAAGUGGCAGACUUCGGACUUGCAAGAGUUUUUAAGGUAGAAAAUGAAAACAUAUAUGAAGCUAGGCCAGAAACAAAACUCCCAGUGAAAUGGACAGCCCCGGAGGCAAUCCGCUACAACAAAUUCAGCAUUAAGUCAGAUGUCUGGUCCUUUGGGAUACUUCUGUUUGAAAUAAUCACUUAUGGGAAGAUGCCUUAUGCUGGUAUGCCAGGACACCAGGUGAUCCAGAUGCUGGACAAGGGCUACAGACUUCCUCAGCCGGAGACCUGCCCGGUGCCACUCUACCAGCUGAUGCUGGAGUGCUGGAGCGCGGAGGCGAGCGGGCGACCCACCUUCGAGGCCCUCUGCGGGCAGCUGGAGGGCUUCUUUGAGACCAACUCCUCCUCUUAUGCCCACAUCCAGGCUGUGGUGAAAUGA